CGGCCGGUGCUGGAGUUCUGGGAGACGAUGCGGCCGGUGCAGGAGCUCUGGACGACGAUGCGGCUAGUGCUGGAGUUCUAAGUGACGAUGCGACCGGUGCUGGAGUUCUGGACGACGAUACUGAAGCUCUAGAUGAUGAUGCGACUGGCGCUGGAGUCCUGGACGACGAUGCUGAAGCUCUGAACGACGAUAUGACCGGUGCUGGAGUUCUGGGAGACGAUGCGACCGGUGUGGGAGUUCUGGACGA